AUGGCAACAGUACCCCCAACAGUCAUGGCGGUCCUGGCGGGGCUGAACGGUGCACAGAUCCCGGAUGGAGAGUUCACCGCGGUCGUGUACCGGCUCAUCCCGGAUGCCCGCUACGCAGAGGCGGUGCAGCUGCUGGGCGGGGAACUGCAACAGAGCCCGAGGAGCCGCGCCGGCCUGUCGCUGCUGGCCUACUGCUACUACCGCCUGCAGGAGUUCGCGCUGGCGGCCGAGUACUAUGAGCAGCUGAGCCAGCUGCACCCGGACGUGGAGCAGUACCGCCUGUACCAGGCCCAGGCCCUGUACAAGGCCUGCCUCUACCCAGAGGCCACCCGGGUCGCCUCCGUUCUGCUGGACAACCCCGCCUACCACAGCCAGGUUCUUCGCCUGCAAGCGGCUAUCAAGUACAGCGAGGGCGAUCUGCCUGGGGCCAGGAGCCUGGUGGAGCAGCUGCUGAGUGGGGAAGGGGGAGAAGAAAGUGGGGGCGAGGACGAGUCCGAUGGCCAGGUCAACCUGGGUUGUUUGCUCUACAAGGAGGGACAGUACGAAGCUGCGUGUUCCAAGUUCUUUGCAGCCCUACAGGCAUGGGGCCACGAAGCUGACCUUUCCUACAGCCUGGCCUUGGCCUAUUACAGCAACGGGCACUAUGCCUCUGCGCUGAAGCAUAUUGCCGACAUUAUAGAGCGUGGCAUUCACCAGCACCCAGAUCUAGGUGUGGGCAUGACCACUGAGGGCGUUGAUGUUCGCAGCGCUGGUAGCACCUUAGUCCUCCACCAGACUGCUCUGGUAGAAGUCUUCAACCUCAAGACAGCCAUAAAAUUGGCACUGAGAAACUAUGAGACAGUUCAGGAAGCCCUCACUGAUAUGCCACCUAGGGCAGAGGAAGAGUUGGACCCUGUGACCCUGCACAACCAGGCACUAAUGAACAUGGAUGCCAAGCCUACAGAAGGGUUUGAAAUGCUUCAGUUUUUGCUCCAACAGAAUCCCUUUCCCCCAGAGACUUUUGGCAACCUGUUGCUGCUCUACUGUAAAUAUGAGUAUUUUGACCUGGCAGCAGAUGUCCUGGCAGAAAAUGCCCAUUUAACUUACAAGUUCCUCACCCCCUAUCUCUAUGAUUUCCUGGAUGCCAUGAUCACUUGCCAGACAGCUCCUGAAGAGGCUUUUGUGAAGCUAGAUGGGCUAGCAGGAACACUGACUGACCUCCUCUGGAAACUCACCGUACAGGUACAGGAAACAAGACUUCAUAGAGAUGAAGAAGCUACCAAAAAGGCAGUGAAUGAGUAUGAUGACACCCUUGAAAAGUAUAUUCCCGUGUUGAUGGCCCAGGCAAAAAUCUGCUGGAGCCUUGAAAAUUUUCCAAUGGUGGAAAAGCUCUUCCGUAAAUCUGUAGAAUUCUGUAAUGACCAUGAUGUGUGGAAGUUGAAUGUGGCUCAUGUUCUGUUUAUGCGAAAAUACAAAGAAGGCAUUGGUUUCUAUGAACCCACAGUUAAGAAGCAUUAUGAUGACAUCCUGAAUGUCAGUGCUAUUGUGUUAGCUAACCUCUGUGUGUCGUAUAUUAUGACAAGUCAGAAUGAAGAAGCAGAGGAGUUGAUGAGGAAGAUUGAAAAGGAGGAAGAGCAGCUCUCUUAUGAGUACCCUGAUAAGAAAAUCUACCAUCUCUGCAUUGUGAAUUUGGUGAUAGGAACCCUGUAUUGUGCCAAAGGAAAUUAUGACUUUGGUAUUUCUCGAGUAAUCAAAAGCUUGGAACCUUAUAAUAAAAAGCUGGGAACUGAUACCUGGUAUUAUGCCAAAAGAUGUUUCUUGUCCCUGUUAGAACACACGUCAAAGCACACAAUCAAAAUACCAAUCAUGCUUCGUCAUAGUGUUAUUUGAGAAUGUAUCCAGUUUCUGGAACACUGUGAACUUCAUGGCAGAAACAUACCUGCUGUUAUUGAACAACUCCUGGAAGAAGUAAGCAUGCAUACUGGAACAAGUACAAUGACAUAUGAGUCCAGACAGUUAAAAGCUCUCAUUUAUGAGAUUAUAGGAUGGAAUAAAUAGUAAUGGCUGAUAAAGACUUUUAUCUAAUGGUUUUGUUAUGUAAAUUUUGCAUUAUUUUAUCUAUUUAGCCAUUGGCAUUUUUAUAUUUGUUGUAUGUUGACCUUUCUACCUUUUAGCAUUAUAACAAAAAUAAUCAUUUUU